UCUCCCCCCUCUUUCUUCCCCUGCAGCGGAGCGUCGCGCACUUCAGCGCGUCCCCCCUUCAUAAAAAAACGAGUCCGCGGGCGACUUCAGGACACCGAAUCGCAGAGAAAAUAAUAAUUCAUCAAACAAAAGCAACGAAGUCUACGACAGCGAGAGGAGGAGGCUGAACUUCAACAACCAGCAGAAAAGAGAAGAGAGGGGUCUCCCCCAAAAACACCUGAGCCAUGAGUCGCAGCAUCGUGCGGCAGAGCAAGUUUCGUCACGUCUUUGGCCAGGCGGUCAAAGCGGACCAGUGCUACGAUGACAUCCGGGUUUCCAAGGUGACGUGGGACAGCUCCUUCUGUGCCGUCAAUCCAAAGUUCCUGGCCGUCAUUGUUGAAUCCAGUGGAGGCGGAGCAUUCCUGGUCCUGCCCCUCUCUAAGACCGGUCGUCUGGAUAAGAAYUACCCACUGGUUAACGGCCACUCUGGACCUGUUCUGGAUAUCGACUGGAGCCCUCAUGAUGACAACGUCCUGGCCAGCUGUUCCGAAGACUGCACUGCAAUGGUGUGGCAGAUCCCAGACCACACAUUGGUCCGUCCACUGUCUGAUCCCAUCGUUGUUCUGGAGGGACACUCCAAACGAGUCGGCAUCGUCAGCUGGCACCCCACAGCACGCAACAUCCUCCUCACAGCCGGCAGCGAUAACCUGAUCAUCAUCUGGAACGUGGGAACAGGAGAACCUCUCAUCUCCAUGGACGACCACCCGGACCUCAUCUACAGCAUCAGCUGGAACCGCAACGGCAGCUUGUUUUGCACCACCUGUAAGGAUCGACGUCUGCGUGUCUGCGACCCCCGCAAGAGGGAGGUGGUGGCGGAACGUCUGGCUCCACAUGAGGGCAUCCGGCCGAUGAGGGCCAUGUUCACCAGAGRAGGAAACAUCUUCACCACAGGGUUCACCAGGAUGAGCCAGAGGGAGCUGGGCCUCUGGGACCCGACAAACUUUGAGGAGCCUAUCGCACUUUUGGAGUUGGACACAAGUAAUGGAGUGUUGUUACCRUAUUACGAUGCAGAUGCAAAUAUGGUCUACUUGUGUGGAAAGGGAGACAGUAGCAUCCGUUACUUUGAGAUCACAGAAGAGCCGCCAUACGUUCACUACCUCAGCACCUUCAGCAGUAAGGAGCCUCAGAGAGGGAUGGGCUUCAUGCCCAAGAGAGGCGUGGACGUCACCAAAUGCGAGAUUGCUCGGUUAUUCAAGCUGCAUGAUAAGAAGUGUGAGCCCAUCACAAUGACAGUGCCCAGAAAAUCGGACCUCUUCCAGGACGACUUGUACCCGGACACGGCAGGACCCGAGCCCGCCAUGGAGCCUGAGGAGUGGCUGGACGGCCGCGACGAAGAUCCCAUCCUGAUCUCCAUGAGGGACGGCUACGUGCCGCCUAAGAGCCGAGAGGUGAAGGCGGCGAGGAAGAACGUGCUGGAGUCCAGACCCACCACCCGACGCAGCAUGUCUGCUCUGGACACCAACAGCCUGCCGCCUCAGCUUCUCGAGAGGUUACUGGAGGAGCUUCAGAACCUGAAGGCCACAGUUUUGUCUCAGGAGAAGAGAAUCUGUGACUUGGAGAAUAAGCUUUCCCAAUACACCAACGGCACCGCCUGAUAUGCAAGUGAACACAUCAUCACAAGAACUGGUUUUGGAUUUUGGAAUCACAAUUAUAGGAAUACAUCUUUACAGCACUGAUUUAAAAAAAAUCCACCCUUCUAAAUACUUUACCCGUGUUUCUUUGACAUUAAAAGGCAAAUUACAGCCARUUCUACAUCAUUUUGUUACCAGAUUUAAAAGAACGUAAUAUUUUAGUGAGGUCACGGCUUUAUGUAUGUUGAAAAGGAGUAAAACACUCAGAAGUUUGAAGGAUAUGUGCAAGUUGAAUGAAAGACCUGUAGAAAGUAAAAAACUAAUUUUCAUUAAAGUAGACAAAGAAAAUGUCAAAGCAUAACUUUGAAACUUCCAGACAUCACCAUGAAAAGUUUAUACUCAUGCGAACGCUUAUUGCUGCCUCAGCUUUUGUAUUAGAUGACCUGAAUAUUUCAGUAAGAAUGGAAAYGUUUCAAAAAUGUAAAUAGUGAUUGUGGUUGAAGAAGCUGGUGGAAAAAAAAGAGCUCUUAGCAAAAAGCAAAACCAUUUAAUCUCCUGUAAAAGAACACACAUUAUUACAUUAAAUUUGUUUGUUUUUUUAAACUGUCUGACUUUUUUUUUUAUUUCUUGUUACAGCCUCAUGUUCCCAGUAACAAAUAAACAUCUAAAACUGUA